CUUGCUUAGAAAUUGAUAUGCUUCAAAUCCUAAAAUAACACCCAAAAGUCCUCUUAUCAUCCCUUGCUUCCAGACGAUAUUUCCAUUUCGGAGUAUACUCUCUCUACUCACAAUCCACCAUCUUAAUAUUUCGAUACGAAUUUAGUGAUCAAUAAGACCAAUAAGGAUGAGACCAUGGAAGGUACCAACACAACCAACUCGAUUGUGCAGCCAUCUCUUCCACCACCGUAUUCGUCUACUUUCACCUCACGACCCGCACCCUUGGCAGAACCGACGAAGGCACCUACUGGACCGAAAAUCGACGUUAGCCAAACCAUCACGAUAACUCAGACGGCGUCGGCUUCCGCUGUGCCAUCAUCUUCAAACGGCAGCGCGACGCUCAUGGUUCCGAGCCAGGUUGCUAGUUCAACAACAACAACAACCACCACAACAAGCUCUAUAUUUGCCAUCCCGCAUCCAACUGAUAUCAACGACUCGGUUGUGAUGCCGGGCCAGGUUUUGCUGUUGGUUCUGGCCACACUAAUUGGGCUGCUUAUUUUGGGAACUACCACAAACUUCUGGUAUAGCAGGAAGCACAAGAAAUCACAGAAACAGGAGAAACGGAAGGAAUGGCAAAACCCUUAAUGAUGAGUUCACUAAGGAGACAGACAUAGUACUAUGGACCAAGUAGACUUGUCGUAAUAUAACUGACAUGUCAUUGACUGUGAAGUCGAUACAACUAGCUAAGUCUUUUCUCAAGAGAACAUGCUCCAGCAGUACACUUCCCAUAUUUUCAGAGAGAAUUCGGUACAUACAUACCCUACUCGAUAAGUACUGAGCUCCCAAGGACGAAAACAUGCAUCAUACCGACAACACCACCCCGUGUUUAGAGAUACAAG